GUGGGGUACCUGGCCUUUUAUGGCGUUCUGGGAGCUUCUGUAGACGGCAUCACGGACAAGCUCCGCGAGUUUGCCGCAAUCCCCAUAGAUUCUGCGGAGAGACCGCCUGGGAACCUGACAAGCUCUGCAGCGCAGCGCUUUGAGGUCAUGAACGACGUCUACAGCCUUACUGUGGAUGCUGCAGCAAUGUUCCGUGCGACUCAAUGGCUUUGCUUCUGGUACAUGCUGUUGCUCUUGGUGAAAUUUGGUGAAGGUCUUCCAGUUUCGCCCAGACUGAUGGUGUUCAUCAACACGCUUUACGAUGCCCUGGGAAAUGUCAUGUACUUCUUCAUGUUCUUCUUCGUGGUGUUCGUGAACUUCGCCAUGGGCGCCCACUUCUUGUUUGGCCACAUUCUGUAUUCUUGGUCCCAGUCAGUCUUGCCCUUCAUGUCCUCUUUCAGGGUCCUCAUGGGCGAUUUCGACUUUAUGUCGAUGUACGCUAUCGCCCCUGUAAGUGCCGUGUCCUGGUUCACGCUGUUCACCUUGUUCGUUUGCUUCGUGAUGCUCAACCUUUUCAUUGCAAUCGUUACCUUCAGCUUUCAGCGUGUGCAGCAGCAAGCGCAGGGAGAGGCGCAUGAGGUUGAUGGCAUGAGGUGA